UCCGUCGCCCGUAGGGCAGACUUGCUUUUUGUUUUUUUUAAAAACCCUAGGAGAAAGAUCUUGUGAAGCAUUUGGACCAGCAUCUAGCAGUUCUACAGCUUGAACCUGAUUUUGGGAAAUCGCUAUAAAACCAAAAACUGAUUUUAAGAAAAAAAAACAAAACAUUCCGUGUGUUCCAGUUUUAGCCAGAGAUUUGCUGAUACAGACUAAUUCGCUGUUUAACAUUUUGCAUUAUAUGUGGAAAAUUGUGUGGUUUUUCUUCGUCCAUUGUGGCAUAAUUCUAAUUUCAUCAGAGACGUGUUCAUUCAAAGAGAACACAAUCAUUGAACCAUUUACAAAAAUGUCUACAUAAUUUCAAAUGACUUAUAUCCAAUAUAAUUGUUCCCAACUUACAAGUUUACUUACAUUAUAAGAAAUAAUUUAAAACUUAUACAUUUUGACGAUAUAAAUACAUACAAGAAAUGUAUUUCAAGCUUAUUACAAGUAAUACAAGCCAAACAAAAACAUUUUAAAUACAAAAUGAUGAUAGCGUACUACACUUUAACAACAAACACCAUUUUUCAACCCACACCUUCUCUAUCGUCCAUCUCUUACAACACACACUUAACAACACACCAGGAACCAUGACCUUAAAUACCCAAACAACAAGACACCCCACCAUAACAAAACACUCCAGAAGGAGGCGUACCCGCAAAAACUCAAAACGGAUCUCUUUACUUUCUAUUAUCAGGAAAUUAAUCUCCUUUGUACUUAAUAUAAAAGUCAGACCAGAUGUAACGAAUUUACCUAGACAUUCUUUAGAUAGAGGUACCUAUAAAGCGGGAAAUGGGGGUAAGAAGAUUCUGAUUACACUUGAAGACCUUUUAGAAAUCAAGAAGCUUUUGCUGAACCAAAACACGCCAUUGUUUUCCAAAAGAAGAAAAAAAUUUAACCCAGCAUGCAAUUGGCGACCAAAGGUCAAGAUAAAAAAGUCUCACACCGAAGGGAAGACGUCUCCAACAACAGACGUGAAAAACAGCGUGACCGGAAGUGUACACAUCUCCGACAUUGUACCAAGGUCAAGUUCACCGGAAGUUAUAAAGUUUGUAGGGGAAAGCGAUAUUAAAAAAGCGAAUCGCUUUAAAAUCACGUUUAGUAAAAAUUUAGAAUCGAAAUGUCUAGGUUGUGAGAGGAAGUAUCAAUUUAUUUUUACUGGGCUAGGCGUUGAUGAUUAUAUAAAGAAAGGGAUAUCAAUUAAUAAGAUGAUCUUUUGGGACUAUAUUUAUCAGAGCUGUCGGCAAUUCAGGUGGAAACUUGAUGGCAAUUUGCUGACAGUGUUUUGUAAAGAGGCGGGUCUCUACCCCAGCGACUGGCAGUUCAAAGUUCAUGAGAAUCCGUUUUGUAAACAGCUGUUUUUUCCAGUUGGAGCGGAGUAUUUAGGAAGAAAGCUCGAACAAAACCCGAGGUUUUUCAUGUUAAAAAUUGCAUCUUGUGGUGGUAUUAAAAAUGUAAGCUUGUCAGAGAUACCAAGUAAAAGUAACAUACUUGAACUUGGAACAUUAGGUGAAAGUGCGAGCAGUUCAACGUCUAAGAAGAAAGAUAAGAUUGAUGCCAUUGAAGUACAAGACGGUUCCAGGAGUUGCUUAGAAAUGCCGCUUCGUGCGUCUUCUAGUCACGCAAGACCGGAACUCCUACAUCAAGAUUCGCCUCUGUUAGAAAAUAGAAAAUAUUCAUUCCCGAGAAAUCGGGAUAAGAUUCUAGAAGAUUCGAUAGUAGGCGGCUACACUCCAAUGGGUGACAAAGCCUCACCUAUGCGUUUUCACCGAAACGCCCCCACCCCCUGUUACAACAACCGUACACACCAUACUUCUUUCGUUACAAAACGACCGUUACUGCCCACGCCACCACCAACCUCAAUGAAACGACCGCUGCUGCAUACACCACAGCACAAAACAUCGCAAUUCAAACGAGCCUUGCUAACAACGCCAAUGCCCGUUGCACCCAAGUAUCCAGACUAUGUCCACAAACAAAACUGUAUUCAUCCCCCUAAACAUCCACAUUCUAAUCCACACUAUAUUCAUGUAACCAGACAUCCACCUCCACCUAAACACCUCCCUCCACCAAAACACCUCCCUCCACCAAAACACCUCCCUCCGCCAAAACACCUCCCUCCGCCAAAACACCUCCCUCCACCAAAACACCUCCCUCCACCAAAACACCUCCCUCCACCAAAACACCUCCCUCCACCAAAACACCUCCCUCCACCAAAACACCUCCCUCCACCAAAACACCUCCCUCCACCCAAACACCUUCCUCCACCCAAACACCUCCCUCCACCUAUAUACCUACCUCCACCUACACACCACCCUCCACCUAAAUAUCCCCUUCCAUUUACACACCCCACUACACCUAACCUUACACCUAAAUAUAUGGCCGUAUACAGACACCCACCCAUGCAACAGCAAAGAACUGCGAAUAAACAAAUAACGAAUUCAAAUCAAGAACUGAUUUUACCAAUGCCCUGGAAUCGCAAUCACCCAUCUGGCAUUGGCUUAGAACCAAGGUUGCCUUGGCAACGAACUUUAAAUCCUGGAAACAACUUCCGGUUUAACAUGGCACCACCCAUUCCUGAGAUGCAGGUGCCAGAAACAUCGUCUGCCCUGAUGGUGCCAUGGUGUGCCUCUUCAGGCUUAUGGCGGGAUCUGCCGCCUCAAUUUCUUUGGGAUUUUGUAUACAAUCUCCCUCAGAGAAGCUCACCUUCAUUUGUCUUGUAA